CUUCAGCCGAAAGCCACCGGAGCCGCUCGAUCUCGGGUUCCAGCUAGCGGUGCGCGAACGCCGAAGCGCAGUGACGCUCGCCAUGGCGUCGUCGUUGUCCCGGCUGCUCUUCCUCCUCUCGUGCCUCGCGCUCGCGCUGCUCGCCGGCGCUGAAGUGCACCACCAUGAGUUCGUUGUCCAAGAGACGCCGGUGAAGAGGCUGUGCAACACGCACAACAUCAUCACGGUGAACGGGCAGUUCCCGGGGCCGACGCUGGAGGUCAGGGAGGGCGACACGCUCGUCAUCAACGUCGUCAACCGGGCGCAGUACAACGUCACCAUCCACUGGCACGGCAUCCGGCAGAUAAGGACGGGGUGGGCGGACGGGCCGGAAUUCGUGACGCAGUGCCCCAUCCGGCCCGGCGGCAGCUACAAGUACCGGUUCACCAUCGAGGGGCAGGAGGGCACGCUGUGGUGGCACGCCCACAGCUCCUGGCUCAGGGCCACCGUCUACGGCGCGCUCAUCAUCCGCCCCAGGGAGAACAAGGCCUACCCCUUCGGCAAGCCCUCGCGUGAAGUCCCCGUCAUCCUCGGAGAGUGGUGGAAUGCGAACCCGAUCGAUGUCAUCCGGGAGGCGCAGAGGACGGGCGGCGCACCCAACGUCUCCGACGCGUUCACCAUCAACGGCCAGCCCGGUGACUUCUACAACUGCUCCCAGAAAGAGACCACCGCCAUUCCGGUGAAGCCCGGCGAGACGGCGCUGCUGCGGUUCAUCAACGCCGCGCUCAACCACGAGCUCUUCGUCACCAUCGCGCAGCACAAGAUGACGGUGGUCGGCGUCGACGCCUCCUACACCAAGCCCUUCACCACCUCGGUGCUCAUGAUCGCGCCCGGCCAGACCACUGACGUCCUCGUCACCAUGGACCAGGCGCCCACGCGGUACUACAUCGCCGCGCGGGCCUACGUCACCGGCCAGAACGUGGCCUUCGACAACACCACCACCACGGCCGUCAUCGAGUACGACUGCGGCUGCGCCUCCGACUUCGGCCCCAAGAUCCAGCCGGCGUUCCCGGCCCUCCCGGCCUUCAACGACACCGCCACCGCCACCGCCUUCGCCGCGGGGAUCAAGAGCCCCGACAGGGUCAAGGUCCACGAGAACGUCGACGAGUACCUCUUCUUCACCGUCGGCCUCGGCCUCUUCAACUGCAAGCCGGGCCAGCUCUGCGCCGGGCCCAACAACAACACCCGCUUCACGGCCAGCAUGAACAACGUCUCCUUCGUCUUCCCGCAGCACGACUCGCUCCUCCACGCGCACUACUACAAGAUCCCCGGCGUGUUCACCACCGACUUCCCGGCCUACCCGCCGGUGCAGUUCGACUACACGGCCAAGAACGUCAGCCAGGCCCUGUGGCAGCCGGUCCCGGCGACCAAGCUGUACCCGCUCCGGUUCGGCUCCGUCGUGCAGCUCGUCCUGCAGGACACCAGCAUCGUCACGCCGGAGAACCACCCCAUCCACAUCCACGGCUACGAUUUCUUCAUCCUCGCGGAGGGGUUCGGCAACUUCGACCCCAAGAAGGACGUCGAGAAGUUCAACUACGUCGACCCGCCUCAGCGGAACACCGUGGCGGUGCCGGUGAACGGCUGGGCGGUCAUCCAGUUCGUCGCCGACAACCCGGGGGUGUGGCUCAUGCACUGCCAUCUCGACGUGCACAUCACCUGGGGCCUGGCGAUGGCGUUCCUCGUGGAGGAUGGGUAUGGCAAACUGCAGUCCCUGGAGCCGCCCCCAGUUGAUCUUCCGAUGUGCUAAUGACCAGCAGGAGAUACCGUGUUGAGGAAUUGGAAGGCUGUUUAUGUUGUAUGUUAAUUGAUACUUUUUUGGGGUUAUUUGUGAUCUUAAAUUCUAGGGGAGUUGAUUUUCCAGCUUGUUUUGAACUUUUCCCCUGUAAAUCUGUGUAAGUUUCAAUGACAUUCUGCAUAUUAUUUGGGAAUAAAUUCUUUCUUUGCACCAA